AUGUCUGUUUGUUUAGCCAUCACAAAGGGUGUCGCGGUUUCGUCAAUAGGUCUCUACUCUGGGAUCUUGGCUUCUGCUACGUUGGUCUCAUCCACCACUCCACUAGAGGUCCUGACAGGCUCGCUAUCACCCGUUCUAUCCAAUUUGAGGAAUGCGGCCACCUGCUUAGGGGCCAUCGCCUCGACUUUCUUUUGUGUGAGUUUCUUCGGCGCCCCUCCUUCCCUGAGACACCCUUACUUGUUGUACGGUAUGCUUGCUGCUCCACUGUCUUCGUUCGUCCUUGGUUGUGCGUCUUAUUACAAAUCCAGAAAGCUCACUAAAAUUUCAAAGCAAUCUGCAUUACAACCUGAUGAGACGAAGCCUGUCGUUUCCGAACUAAGCGAUUCCAUCAUCGAUUUAGGUGAGAUUGUUCAUGCUGCAAAGGACUCAACUCAAGACAAGAGACCUAUUACUACYCCGCCCAAGCCGGCAGAGGCCCUACAAACCGGUCCUCCAAUCCAUACCAAUAAUCUAGUCGUGGCUACAGCUAUUGCUAUCCUUGGCUUCGUACAAGCCGUUGUUGGUAUUUACGGCGAAGGCCAAUUUGUUUAG